AUGUUACUACACCUCUCUUACCUCGGAAUUCUUUCCCUCGCGUCGACGUCCGCGGCAGCAGACUUUGACCAGAAACUCCUGGGAGUAACGUACCUCAAGCCUUCCAACCUCGGAAAAGCAGAAGCCAUCAAAUCGGCGGCAGCGUCCAUCUCCAAAGAGCUACAGAAUGCUCUGAACACGGGAAUCUCCAAGUUUGGCAACUUUACCGCCAAGGCUAACUCGCUGUCCGCAACGGUGGUGUCUGCGCAGGAUGCCGCGCCCUUUCUGGACUUCCAGUACACGGCUGCCAAUUUGAACGUCUCAGGAGGCAGCACUGCACGAGUCACCGGGGAGAGCAUCUACCGAAUCGGAAGUGUCUCUAAGCUGUUCACCGUCUACACUCUCCUGUUGAACGGCGGGGAGAAGAUAUGGGAUCGACCUGUGACAGAUUAUCUUCCUGAACUUCGGGAGGCUCUCCCCCAGACGGAGAAGAAAUCUUCACUGGACUACGUGCAGUGGGAUCAGGUCACUGUUGGUGCCCUUGCUUCUCAGCUUGCUGGCCUUGGAAGAGAUGUGAAUAAUGCCGAUUUAGCCAGUCAGGGGUUUCCUGCUGCGCAAGCCGGUAUGCCUCAGCUCCCUUCGGAUCAGAUUCCAACUUGUGCUGGCAACAACAGCCAGGCCCCUUGCUCUCGAAAAGAGUUCUUUGACGUGUUAGUCAAAAGGAGUGCCGUCUCCUUGCCAUAUACCACUCCCACGUACUCCAACGCCGCGUACCGACUCCUCGGGUACGUAAUCGAGGCUGUGACAGGCACAGCAUACCAUGAAGCAGUUGCAAAAUCGGUCACCGGCCCCCUGAAACUGAAGAAGACAACCACACUUAGUCCCAGUGGCAAUGGGGUAGGCGUCAUUCCCCAAGGCACCUCGGGCUGGGACCGAGCUCUAGGAGAUGAAGUUUCAACCGGCGGCCUGUACUCCACGUCCCACGACCUAGCUGAGCUUGGGCGUGCCAUCCUAAGCAGCAAACAACUAUCGCCCCUCCAGACACGUCGAUGGAUGAAACCCCACGCGCACACUGCCUCGCUCUCCUUUUCCGUCGGCGCACCAUGGGAGAUAUGGCGAGCCAGAAGCAAAGUAUCAAGCGGCUACGUUGUCGAUGUCUAUGUAAAAAGCGGAAGCGACGACCAGUACCAGGCGCUGCUGGUCGUUGUCCCCGAGUUCGACAUCGCUGCCUCAAUUCUGUGCGCGGGACCAGACGCCGGAAAAGCUAUCGACACGGCUUCUGAAGUUGUUCUGCAGGCAUUCCUACCUGCACUAGACAAAACUGCUCAGAGCCAGACUGCUCAGCGUUUCAGCGGCCGCUACAUAUCCUCUGAUAAGAAGAACUCGUCGUUGGUCCUGACUACGGAUGCUCAGCCCGGUCUUUUGGUCAAGCAGUGGCUCAGCAAUGGCGUUGACGUCCAGGCCGCAGCGCAAGCCUACGCUGACUCGACACAAGGCGGUCGUAUUCAGUCCAUGCGAUUGUAUCCCAUGAUUUCCAGCCCCAAUCGAGUGUCUUUUCGGGCGGUUUUUGAGACCGUUCCUGUUGGGUUUGAUCCAGCUGUGCCGCAAAUACUCAAAGCGGAGGCCGGUCAAUGGGGCCAGGUUGAUCAAUUGAUGUAUGGGGGAAUAUCUGUUGACGAUUUUGUGUUUCAGCUGGACGGUAAGGGCGUGGCUACGUCUGUCCAGCCGCGUGUGCUUCGGGAUACGUUGAAGCGGGCAUAG